AUGUAUGAUAACGUGUGGGAACCUCACUCCUAUCUCUCGCACGCCCACCACGGCAAGGACAAGGUUCGCAUACUCCCCGUUUUCCGGGACGGGGCCUGGCACAGCAUUGUCGAGUGCAACGUCACCGUUCUUGUAGAGGGCGACAUCGACAUCAGCUAUACACAAGCUGAUAAUUUCGUCGUCGUCGCGACUGGCUCGCGUGCGGCGCGUGGAACAGACGUCGCGAAGACGUCUCCACAUGUCCUCGUCCCGAAACGCUUCGCUCUCCACCUUAGAUCACCCAUACUGCGAUGGCAGCACGUCCCUACCUCCCAGGGGCCAAGCCAGACUCCUAAGGAGCAUUCGCAUGCGUUCUACCGGGACGGCGACGAGAGGCGUACCGUGGAAGUCAAGAUUGACGCGUCUGCCGGAAAGGACAAGAUUGUCACUCGCGUGACUUCGGGACUGAAGGACCUGCUCGUCAUCAAGACGACGGGCUCUGCAUUCGAGUCUUUUGUUCGCGAUGAGUAUACUGCCGUCGUCGAGUUUACGACUGUAUCUUCUCGACCUCAAUCGGUGUCACCUACAUAUACUUCCGCGCCGAGAGUCAGCGUCCCAAAACCCGCAGACGGGCAGGGUAAGGUCUUUGAUGCGCCAUUCUCUGGGGAUACCGCAAAGGGGACGCCGUGGGAUGUGGAAGAGAGUGCGAGUGCGACGCUCUACAAGAUGGGCCAACGUAUCAUCGCAGAGAACUCGCACAUCACGAGCAUUCCAGUCUAUCUGAAGUACAUCGGUAUCGAUAACACGUCGCCGCCCAACGCAGAGGUCUCCCUUCCAGUCGCGCACCCGAGUGGCCUCAUGAUCGCUGCGACCGUCUGUCGUCAAUAG